AAGGCUGCCCCAGAUUCCCUGCAUGAUUCGGCAAAAGCUGUGAUUGCCGCCUGAUCUGCUUGUUACCGUCGCAUCGGUGCAUUAGUUGCAUUUCUUUCCCGCACUCGACUCCCGACGGGGUACUCGUAACCCCCCUGCCACGUGCCAGGCACGUAGCCCCCGCCGAGUUUUUCGUUUCUCAGCUUGGCCGAGCUUCUCUUGCGGCCGGCUUCGCCCGAUCUUAGCUGGUUCGGUCGUGGCUCGGCAUGGCGGAGCUAGCCUCGGGGUAUCGCAAGGUGUCGCCCGAAGCUAUUCCGGACCUCAUUGCGUGGCUCGGCAGGUGUCUGGCUGUGCGUCACGACCAGCCCAACUCGCCUCUGUGGCGCACCUCAGUGCUCCAAUUCGCGGACGUCCUCAACCAUGCGCUGCUGCUAGACUCCCCUCCGUGCAGCCUAGACCCCCCCUCUCACACCCCCUUCCCCUCUUGCCAAUCGAGUGAAGACAAUGCGCGGGGGAAGGGGGAGAUCAGCGUCCUGCAUGGAGGGCCCCGAGGAGAGUCUGUGGGAGCGGCGGAGUUGGACUCGCGAAGCAGCUGUGCGUUGGUGAUGGAACCAGACACGGGUUUCGACCACCAGCAGCAGCAGCAGCAGCAGCAGCAGCAGCAGUGCGUUUCUCUCUCUGGGUCCACAGCCACAUGGGAGCCAGCAGUGCGGCAACGGUUCUGGCGGGAGCUGGUGGGGCUGUAUGAGGGGGUGGUGAGGGGCAUGUGUGCGGGGGAGGGGAUGGUGAGGGGAAUGGGCACGGGGGAGUGGCAUUCUAAGUCCGCCCAAGGGAUGCCGCCCGCCCAGGUGCAUGAGGACGAGGUGCUACAGGAGCAGAUGGUGCGGCUGCUGGGAGAGAAGGUGCUCAGAUACUGCCAAGACGCGCCAGAGGAGGCGACGCAGCGCCUGGUGGGGCUGCUGCUGGACCUGGCAGAGCGGGCUGUGGGCGAAGUGCAGCUGACGGGGAGUGGGGCAGGCAGCGCCGGCAGCACAGAGAAGGAUACAGGAAGCGCCAACGAACCUGCAAGUGGUAGCAGCAGCAUCUCGCAUUCACCCUCCACCAGCACCGCAUCCAACCGCACUGCACCAGACCGCUCCCGCUCCUUCUCCACCCCUGCAGUAUCUGUCUCACCGCUUCGCAAUGCCUCCGGCCCAACCCCUGCCUCUGCCUCCGCCUUAAGUUUAGGUUCAGGUGCUGGUUCAGGUGGAAUUUCAGGGUCUUUAUCAGGAGGGCAGGUGUCUGGCGGUGAUGGAAGGCCAGAGGCGCCACUGAGUGGGCUGGCGCGGGUGGGCAGCUGGCUGGGGUGGGGGGGUGCUGGCAGGCGUGGGUCGGGGGAGGGACAGGGGGGGCGAGGGGAGGAUGUGAGGGGAACAGGGAGUGUAGUAAGGGGGGGUAGUGAUGGUGGUGGUGGCAACAUGGUGGUGGGCAGGACGACGAGCAGCGGGGCUGUUGCUGGGGGUGCUGGGCACAGAGGGAGUGAUGAGGCAGGCGGCAGUGGCGGCUAUACCAACGGCAUUGCUGGUGGCAAUGGCAGUGGUGGCAGCAAUAGCUCCAGCUCCACGUGGAGGGAGACGCUGCACCCCGUGUGCUUCACUGCCGUCCACCUGUUGCCGCAGAUAUGCGGGCAGCCCUCUCCGACCGACCCUGCCACCAGCUCCGCAGUGCUUGUGGCUCGCAUCGCCACGCCUCGCUUCCUCGCGUUUGCCAAGCGCCGCAUCCAGCGAUUCACAGAGGACUGCCUUGUGCGGGGAGCGGACAGCAUGGCAUUGGCGCGCAGGAGGGAGGUGCGGGUGAUCCUGGAGGGCCUCACAGCCAUCUCGCUGCACCCCAUUGUUGCCACCUCCCUCUCGCACCUCCUCCCCGCCAUGGACCGCCGUGCCUCCGCUGCUGCUGCUCCCCUCGCCCCCCCUGCUCCACUUGCUGCAUCGACUGCCACCCUCUCUGCGCCUCCACCCAGCCUCUCCCACAGCAUUGCUGCUGCCACAGCACCCCGCAGUAAAGCUGCUUCUGCCCCUGCUGCUCGUGCCUCUGCUGCUGCUGCCUCGGCUCGUCCCGCAAUACCCCCAUUGUCUGGCCGCAGUGGGUACCCAGCGGCUCGUGCGGAUGGCACUGGUGGGGAGGAUGGCAGUGAAGGGGUGAACGGAAAUGGCGAUGGUGUGAGGGCGAAAGGGAGUGAGAGUGGUUGUGAGUGGGAGGUGCUAUCGGAUGGCAGAGGGGGCUUCAUGGGAUGGAGGAAGGCGCACCUCUUUGCCAUCUACCCUUUCGCCUGCGACCUCAUCCUUGCAAGGGACCCUCAGCUGGCGGCAUCUCUGCGCUCGCUGCUGCAUGCAGUGGGGGCUGAGAUGGGGCUGCACCCGGCGCAAAGAAUAUGAGGAUAAAGGAUUGCUCGUGAGGAGGAAACCAUGUUGGAUGCAUGGGCUGCAUGCAGUGGGUGCUGCUGAUAUGGGGCUGCAUCCCGCUCAGAGAAUAUGAUACGACCUUCGGAGGGCUUUCAUCCCUGCCCGAAGAAUCUUAAAGAUUUACAACGGCGCUGGAUGGGGUCAAGGAGAUUGCUGUAGAGCAUUUGAGUUACCAUCUGUCUGUCAAACAUAUUUUGUAUGUCUUACAAGCUAGAUAGGUGCAUACUCUUAGAGGGUUCAACCCCUUAGACAAAACCAACCUGUUUGCAUCAUUCUAGUCAUUCAUUCUCACUUUGACAUGGUAAAACGCUAGGUUAGGUCCCCCCCGGCCCACCCGCACUUCCGCCUUAGGCCUUGUUGGAAAUAUCUCAAAGGACUUCAGCGUUUCUGAAGUGUAACACUACACUCGAGGAAGAUCGCAACGGGUACGCGAGUCA